CGUCAACUUCAAGUUGGCAGUGGAAUCGAACCAUUUAUUUUCGAUUGGUGAUGUUUACUUGCCUUGUCGACUUGUUUUCUUGGGAAAGAGGAUUUGUUUUGCUAAUCAGAGCCAAACAUAAGAUUUUUACGGAUAUUUGUCUUCGCACGAGGAAAUGGAAAGCGGCACGACGGGCAACUCAGAACAAAACUCCAGUUUGCAACUCUCCUUUCCUACUCCUCAGAGUGUUAUACAAACAUGUAGACAGAAAAUGUCCACAGCUCCGAUGCUUCUGAACUUCUCAAACUUUCCGACCAUUUCUUCUGCACAAUUAAAAUCGAUGCUGUCUCAGCAGUGCGUUAUUCAGCCAAAUCCAUCAGCUUCUAAUCAGCAGGUGUUGCAAACUUCACAGCUAACAGAUUCCAAAAAUCCUAGUGUAGGAAAUGCCAAACAAAUUUGUGACACUGUUAAAGACUCAGCUGAUGUUAGUCUAGAGUCAACUCAAGAACAAUAUGAAUGGAGUGAUGACAAGAGCAUGAAGUGGAUUGAGGUGAAUGCCAAAUCAUUGGAAGCUGAGACUUCAAUUAUCAACGACGAUAGUGAAGUUGAAAUCCUUCUAAUGGAUGAUACUUUAGGGACGACAUCCUCCACUGCCAUGCACACUUACAGCAAAGUCCCUGUAAUCGAGCAUGGCAGAAACCAACAAAAAUCUCCAAAGAAAAGAACAAAGAAAUCUAGCAGCUCUGAAAAGAAUUCUGCGAAUCUUAUUGAGCAGGUUGAGUGCUACAAAUGCAGAUUUUGUAUGUUCUUAAGUCUAAGUGAAGAGGCUGUGGCAGCUCAUGUUGAACAAGAGCACUCAUCUCAGAUUCCAACAGAGAGUAAUGGUAGUAUGCAGUGUCCUGGCUGCAGUAAUAUAUUUUUCUCACAAAAGUCAUUGAGGGUUCAUUUAUCUGAAGAUCACAAUGUUGCUCAAGAAGAGUUGGAGCAUAUUUUGAGUACUUUCCAAACAAAUGAUGGCGGAGUUUUGAAAAAUCAGAGUAAUCUGGAAAGUGAUUUAAGGCAUGAUGAAGAACAAAUAUCUCUCAAUGCGUGUAAUGAAGUUAUUGCCGACGAAAUGAAUAAUCACUGCUACAGUGGUGAUAAAUCUUCUGACAUUCAGCCACUUAAGUCAACUUGUCUGAAAAAGGGCUCUCCUGUGCCACCUCAGAGAAGUACAGCUUUGCGAAGAAGUGUAAUGCAAACAAAUGCAGCUCUUCCUGAUGAAACAGGGAAAAUUCGUGUACGUAAGAUGUCAACACUGGAAAAAUCCCUUAAAAAAAACACAAAAGUUGAGGUUGUGAUUAAUAGCUCCCCACCAGCCCAAAUUAAUUUAGCAGAAAGUCAUGAAGAUGCUAGUGGGGAUGACCACAUCCCUAUGGAUAUGCAGUACGAUAUUGAAUCCAUGCAAAUAUUGGAUAUCCCUCUAGGCCAUGAUUCUAAUGAGUCUCAAGAUCCAGGCGACCAACAAUUAAAUCCAUCACACUCAGAGAAUGACAAUUCAUUACUGCCAUUAGGCCAAGACGACCGAGAGCAAUAUUGUAAUGCGUCACCUCCAUCUUGUGAUGCUAUAAUAGAUGAAAUUUGCCAAGAAGAAGUUUUGGAUAGCGUUCUAUAUGUUCAGGGUGGUGAUCUGCUUGAUGAUCGGGAUUCCCCCAUUGUUGUAUGUUUUGCGGCUUCGCCAAACAAUAUUUCAGAAGAUAGUAAUGGGUAUGAUAUUCAAACAGAGGACAACGCCUCUACAACCUCAGAAGGGCCAAGUCUGGAUAAUAGCUCAGAGCGAAUAGUUUUGAGUAGUUCCUCAUUUUUCGAUGGAACAGAUAUAGUCGGACCUGCUGGUAAAAAACUUGUUAAACGAGGCUUUGUAAAGAAAACUUCACCUACAAAAUCCCGUGUGAAAAAGCCUAAGGUUUUAAAGAAUGACCCCAAAAUAGAAGAGGGACGAACAAUAGUGGGCUAUAAAUGCGGUGCUUAUGGGUGUACAGUUCGCAUGCGCUCAUAUGAAAAUGUGAAAUAUCACCAGCGCUGUCAUGUAGAAGGUCAUAUUUCUGAAAUUACCUUGAAAGAUGCAGCAGAUGAAAAUAUUCCUGAAUCAAAAAGAAGACGAACUGUUAACAGCAAACAUACUUUUGACUGUCCUGAGUGCUCUUUGGGAAUGCAUUCGUGGAAGCUUAUGAAAAGUCACCUUUGGAAGUCGCAUUCUAUUGACAUGGAACUUUAUACCUGUGAUCAAUGUGGUUACAAAACCCCAAGUCUGAGUAACAUGAAUAACAUCCAUGUUAAAAUCCAUGGAUCUGAGAAACCUUACUUGUGUGAUACCUGUGGCAAGGGCUUCAAGACGACCAAGCAACUUGGAAACCAUAAGGUUAUUCAUUCACGAAAGGAAUCAGGAUUGCAGACAUGUGACACAUGUGGACGCACAUUCCAUACCAAUCGAAUGCUCAGGAAUCACAUCAACACAGUUCACAAUAAAGUUCGACCUUAUAUGUGCAGUGAGUGUGGACACACUGCAGCUAAUCGAAGCUCCCUCAAAAUGCAUUUGAGACAACAUACAGGUGAUCGACCAUAUGAAUGUGAUCAAUGUGAAUACACAACUGCAGAUCACAACUCUCUAAGGAGACACAAAAAACGCCACACUGGAGACAAGCCAUACAAGUGCCCAUUUUGUACAUAUGCUUGCAUUCAAUCUAGCACAUACAAAGUGCACUUACGGUCAAAACAUCCUGGCCAAAAUCUUGGGUUGAUGUUUAGUUGUAAAAAAUGUUCUUUUCAUUCGGUGAAUCAUGAUAUUUAUUUAGCACAUACUGCAGAACAUGAUAUAGCAGAAUCGAGUGGCAUUCCGUUUAAAACAGCCCCUCGACCAACUCAUAGAAGGACGGCCAAACAUGUAAAAAUAUCUGAUGACUCUCCCAGUGAAGAAAUGCCCAUAUUUGUGAGUAUUGCCACAGAUGAAGCAGCUAUUGACACUGAUCAGCCAAAUUUUGAGAAUAUUGUGCAGCAUGUAUCAGAGGAAAUUUUACCUGGAAGUAAUUUGCAUGUAUUGUACAAUUCGAUUUCUCUCUCAGAUCCUAAUGUCAAACAGACUCUUAGAGACUCGUCUACUUCGAAACCUGCUGUCUUAGAGGACCCAGUAGUUCACAUUGUUCAAGAUGAGUCUGAAUUAGGGCUUGUUGAAGAGAAUGAUGAUCCAGAUGCAAUAAUUGAGAUACCCACUGAAGAAUAUGAAUUUAAAGUUAAAGACACUGAAGCCCAGCUUGGUUAAUUUUCACUUAUUUGUGACUAAUCUUGAUAAGAAAUGGCUGUGAUAUGGAACAGUAUGUGAUGUGCAUUUGCACAUGCUUUGUUUCUUCCUCAUUUUACUAGAAAUAUAACUUAUGGAACUAAUGCAUUACUUAGUGAUCAUGAUUUUCAAUGACACACAAGACGUUCCAUAAACUUUCCACAUCAAGUGUGCCCUUCAAAUUGUUGUCUAGUCUGAAAAAUCAUUCAAGCGGGACUUCAAUUGCAGUUUCUUUUCAUUUCACCAGCUAAAUUUAGUAUUAGUUAUAAUAUUUUAGCACAUUACCAUGUAAUGUGAUGAUGGUUUUUUUGUACCUUGUAGAAAUUGUGUAUUUUUUCUAGGAAGCGCAAUCAAUCUUUGUUCGAUGGUUGAAUAAAGAAAUAUUCUUCAAUAUUA